CCUGCGCCUCUAUAGAGCUCCUAUCACCAUUCAUACACCUGUUUUGUUGGGGUAUGCUGAUUGACACACAGAGCCCGCCUCCUGCACUUGUCCUUUCAUUAUAAUUGGUUCGACACUGAUGUCUAUGGAAAUUCCCCCGCGCGACCCUUGGCUCACACCUGACCGUCGCCAGUCAGCGGGAGAAUGCGCGAGGCCGCAGAGGACAGACGCCCAUCCGCCCGCCGCCGUGAACCCAGCACGGUCCCCCCGUGAACCCAGCACGGUCCCUCCGUGAACCCAGCACGGUCCCUCCUGACCGCUGAUACUCCACACCUCGUCCCGGGAAGAGGCGACAACAUGCCGAGGUCUUUCCUGGUAAAGAAGCAUCCGAGCAGUAAGAAGGCAGACUAUGGGAGACUGGACUCAAAGACUGAGGAAGCUCUCUGCGACCCUCACAAAGAACAUCCUCAGCACAGUUACAUCCCAGCCUGCCAUCACUGUCCAGCCUUGAGUCUCUACACACCGCACAGACCCCAGUCCCUCUCCUCCUCUCCUCUUCCUCUCAGAGCAGAUCGACUUCACCCCCCGCCCUCGCUGAACAACUCCCCACACUCAUUUUCAGGCUACUCCUCCGAGACGGACAGAACAAGCCUCACAGAAACAUACAAACCAGUCGAGUCCUGUACGAAAGUGAACCUGGAAAUCCAGCAUGUCACCGGAGACUACAGGAGGAGUGAGAGCCUGCUCCCUCCAUCUCUCCCUGUCCUCACCCUCUUUCCGGCCAUCUCUCCCAGCAGCAGCAGCAGCAGCAGCAGCAGCAGCAGCAGCAGCAGGCGGGAGAACUUUGAGUGUUUGGACUGUCAAGGAGAGCACUUGAGCUUCCCGGGCCUGGACAAACACAAGCAGCUCCCGUGUGAUUGGAGCAGCAAGAAGUCCUUCAUCUGUAAAUACUGUGAGAAGGAGUAUGUGAGCCUGGGAGCGCUCAAGAUGCACAUCAGGACACACACCCUGCCGUGUGUGUGCAAACUCUGCGGCAAGGCGUUCUCCAGACCCUGGCUGCUGCAGGGACACAUACGGACACACACAGGAGAGAAACCCUUCUCGUGCUUCCACUGUAGCCGAGCCUUCGCAGAUCGGUCCAACCUGCGGGCUCACCUCCAAACCCACGCUGAGGUGAAAAAGUACCAGUGCUCAAGCUGCUUCAAGACGUUCUCCAGGAUCUCUCUGUUAGCCAAGCACCAGGAGGCCGGCUGCCCGCUGUCCUGACAUCCACUGAAGUCUCGAGGAGGGAAAAGACUGUGUGGUGUGACGUCACGUUGAUUUGUUGACAGGUUUUCUAUCAAAAUCAAAAUGUUGAUUUCACAGAGGAGCUUGAGAUUGUGUUCAAAACUGUGGGACUUCUGUUCAGAAACCACUUUCUUAUUCUCUAUAUGAUCAAUAAACCCUGAUACUCUCUAAAGACUAGAGCAUGAGAACAUCUCACACAUGUAGAAAUUCUGUUCAAACUCAUAUGAUUUUGCUGAGGCUGAUAAUCUUGUUGGGUCACUCUUCAUAAGACUAAAGCUGAAUAAAGUACACACCUGUCUGUGUGUGUGUGCAGAG